UCUACUUGAAUCUGUUGACUAGCUAACACCAAGAAAAACAAUGUGUGGUGUGAAGCACGUUCUAGUUUUUACACUUGCCGUGGUGUCUGCGGUUGCCGUAUCACCGUCCGGUAAAAGACUACGUAUCUCCGGAGGAACCAUCGCGUCACCUACCGAUAUUCCAUGGGCAGCCGGAGUAAUCAUCCACGGUGGAACUUCCGGGCAUGACUUCUGCAGUGGAGUUCUGAUCUCCAGCCGUUUCGUGCUAACUUCAGCCGAUUGUGUUUCGGGAGCAAACACAGUGUCUGUUGCGUUGGAUGCCUCCGACUUCACCAGCAUUGGAGCAUUGAUAGGGGUUUCGAGUGUUCUGAUACAUCCGAACUUCAGCUCACUGCUAAAUCGAGACGAUAUUGCCAUUCUAACCUUAAACCAGGACGCUCCCAUCAACGACAGCACGAUUAUGGCAGUACAAAUGCCACGUCGGGCGGACGUUGGCAAAAGUUUUGUCGAUUGGGUCGCGACCACGGCUGGCUGGGGCAAUACCGGUAAUCGGGAUAAUGAGCCCAUUCCGACCGAGAAUCUACAGUUCGCCACGGAUACAGUAACGUCCAAUCUGGCCUGUCAGUUGUCGUACACCUGGGUUAGAAGCACGCACAUCUGCGUUGCGACCAACAAUGGAGGACCGUGUGAUGGAGAUGAAGGUGGCCCAGUGACAGUUCGUGAAGCCGGAAGGGUGGUUCUAAUUGGCAUCCAUUCGUUCCACUUUAGUGGAAUUCGAGGAUGCGAUCGAGGACGAUCGGCGGUACACACUCGCAUCACGGAAUAUCUGGACUGGAUCGAGGAAAAUACAGAUUUAACAAUCGAAUGAAUGUUAUAGGAGUAAAAUAUAUUUGGGUGCUGUUGAAUCAGUGUUCGAUUUGUUACUUCUUGAUUCUGACACGAAUUGACUGCUUUUCACUGCUUAUCUUGAUGGUCAGGUUGUUUAAUCUUGAAUUGAUAAUAGAUUUUAUUUUUAAACUCA